GGCAUUCUGGGAAACAAACAGAGCAGUGGCUGGUGUAUGAAUAGCGUUCAACGUCAACGCCACUUACUAUUGUGGCCAAAACGACUAGUAAUAAGAGUCAGCUGGCUAUCAGACGGACCCGGGAGACGCUCCGGUUAUCACCGUGCACCAGGAAGAGAACAACAAGGUCAAUGUUCGGUGACUGUGCCCGUUGGGCUGGAUCAGGACUUUACACCGCCAGCAAAACAUUUUCACAGAAAUACGACAGAGGACUCGCAAAAGUUACGAGUCUUUGCACGGAUUUAUCUUUGGACCGUUUCCCGUAUCGAUACGUGUAGUUGGUUUGGAUCAGACGUAUUUAAGCGGUACCGUGACUUUCUGAUCAGUUUGUUGUUGCCUUGUCUCGGUUUGUCAGAUUAACAUCGACCGAUGCUUUUCAACGCAGUGAUUUUUGUGACGGUAGCUGCUGUGUGUCAUUUACGUUUUUCCUCCGAUGAUUCCAGGCGAUGUGAAAACCUUGUUUUUCAGAAAUCAUUUCACUGGCAUGUCUCCCAAAUUAGUGUACCCAAGAUCAAGAACUGUCACACUGGAUGAUCAUUCAUAUGAUGGAAACCCAGACUGGAAGAAUUCUCCUUUUUGAAGCCUAUGUGAACAGUUAUCCUGUAUGCUGAGGAAUAGGAAUGUGUCCCCAUCCAUAACCUUUCUCACCGUCACCACGUCAUCCUAAUUAUCUCUCUGUUGUCAUUAUUUAUGUUCAAGCGUCAUCGUUUCUACAAAAAGGAAACCGGUAAUAUUCAAGUUUACAGCGCUCCGUCUUAAAUCUGGGCACAACUAGUCAGAGUGACUGUCCAUCUCCCUGAGACUCAGUUGUAGGGCAACGAUGUGGGGCGCAGGGUCACCACCAUCCCUGCAGGUCGUCCUAAAGGUCCUGAAACACGCCGCGGUCAGAGGACAGAUCCAGCUGAACCGCUGGCUCCAGAGAUCCACCCCGGACGACUGCGAUAAAAUAGACAUCUUAAUAUGCAACGCCUUUGACGAGAGAGGAGGCGCCGUCGGGAAGUCAGACGGAGACCCGGAGAGCAUCGUUGACACUGGCGUGUCAUUCACCGGUGGCGGCGCCACCAACGGGGAUUUCAGACACCCGUGUUGUAUUACCACGUGUUGUUUCAAGAGCGCCCUCCUGGCGUGCAUUCUGACAGCUGUGUGCUUCUCCUCCGUGGCUCUCGUCCGACAGUACCUCAAGGACCUUCUCCUCUGGGUGGAGAGCUUGGACAGCCUGGUUGGAGCCUUGCUGUUCAUAGUUGGUCUGAUCAUCGUGUCCUUCCCAUUCGGCUGGGGCUACAUCGUACUGAACGUGGCUGCGGGGUACCUGUACGGCUUCGUGCUGGGUAUGGGGCUGGUCAUGGUGGGGGUGCUCAUAGGUACCUUCCUGGCUCACCUGGUGUGUAAGAGACUGUUGACGACCUGGGUGGUCAACAAGGUGGGGAACUCUGAACAGCUCAGUGCUGUAAUACGGGUGGUGGAGGGGGGGAGUGGACUCAAAGUUGUGGCCUUAGCGAGACUCACGCCCAUUCCUUUUGGACUCCAGAAUGCAGUUUUCUCAAUCACAGACGUGUCGUUGCCAAACUACCUGGUGGCGUCGUCAGUCGGCCUGCUGCCCACACAGCUCCUAAACUCCUACCUGGGCACGACGCUGCGCACCAUGGAGGACGUCAUCGCAGAACAGAGCAUCAGCGGAUACCUUGUCUUCAGUCUACAGAUCAUCAUCAGUAUAGGCCUGAUGUUCUACGUUGUCCAUCGGGCCCAGGUGGAGCUGAAUGCGGCCAUCGCUGCCUGUCAGAUGGAGCUGAAGACGUCGCACAUGAACGGCACUCCCACCAAUCACAGCGGCUUCACGUACUGCAGCAAGAGGGCGUCGGCCGGGGGCGGGAUCAUCAACGUGGUCUGAUUCUUUUUUUUUAAAUGUCUCCAAAACCCUGACUGGGAUCGAACUGAACACCGGAUUGGCCAGUGUAGCAGUUGUGAUAUCUGAUAGGAGUGCCUUCCACGGUGAGGAGUCUGGAGUGAGGAGGACCUGCCAAAUAGGGAUGCUGAUUGUGUGGAUCUAUAGGGCUUGUAGGUGCAGCUGAGGGGUGCCGGGUGUUUUAGUAGUCAGGUACGGUGGUGUCGUCAUCACGGACUUACGCUUCGAACACACCGACGGCUUCGUCGCAUUUUUGGUAAACCAUAAUUACAUUAAUUUCCAAUUAAAACGCUGCGUUUGCCUUGCUGCAUUGCGUUGCAGAGGCAGAGGAAGUUGCAGUUCGUUCUGUGUGGUGCAGAUGUUGGAUUUAUCGAAGGUACGAGUCAAACUGUAUGUGUAGACGGCUUGACAGAAAUGGUAGCAGAAGGUGAAGGUGGAACUUUUCAUGCACACGUAUCCAAAUGAGGCUGUCGGUGUGGUGGAAGAGUUAACCUGACUACUCUAUACAGCACAGCUCACCAUUCAUAUCUCAACGAGGCUGGCGGUGUGGUGGAAGAGUUAACCUGACUACUCUAUACAGCACAGCUCACCAUUCAUAUCUCCGAGACCAAUGGCUUCUCUUCUACAGUGUGGGACCAGGGGCCAAUGGCUUCUCUUCUACAGUGUGGGGCCAAUGGCUUCUCUUCUACAGUGUGGGACCAGGGGCCAAUGGCUUCUCUUCUACAGUGUGGGACCAGUGGCCAAUGGCUUCUCUUCUACAGUAUGGGACCAGGGGCCAAUGGCUUCUCUUCUACACUGUGGGACCAGGGGCUAUGCUAUAUGUUGAAUUCAUUUCCAAUGAUUAAAUAAAUAAAUGGUUUAGUGCUAA